AAGUCUGAGUCUUAGUCACAGCUUCUAUAGUGGGUCUCUAGCUGUUGUCUGUCUGAAGGAGGAAGCAGCAGCAUCUGUGGGUUUUCACACUUCUCUAGAAAACAGAAGAUCUUUGAAGAAAACAUGGUGCACUGUGUGUGUGUGUGUGUGUGUGUGUGUGUGGUGGGUGGGACUAAGAGAAGCUGUGACAGAUGAAGCAAUUGUAACUGUUCAGUAAUGAAUCAGUGUGGCAAGAUGAAGAUCUUGCUAAGUAGUCUGCUUUUCGCCUCUCUCUGUACCCUCUCAUCCUGGAGUGUUUCAUCAGGCACAUUAGUUGUGAUACAGAUUCCUGGUGUUUCUUUCAUGGAAGGAGAGACUGUAAACAUCACCUGCUGCUGGACAGAGAUACUUGACAGAGUGAGAGUGACCUGGCUGAAAAAUCAAAGUAAAAUUAAGAGUGAGAGCAACUCAAAUGGAUCUCAAGUCGUUUUGAAAGAGGAAGGAAAGAACUGCGCAUCUUUGAAUUUCUCAAAAAUCACAACAGAGGAUUCAGGGACAUACAUCUGCAAGGUGACUGUGGAGAUACCAUCUUUAACUGAGGUUAAAGGAAAUGGGACAGUUAUCACAGUCAGAGAGAAGACAGAAAACGAUACUGGCAACAUCAGCAGUGGAAAAUCCAAUUUUGGGAGACCACCAAUCAGCGUGAUCAUUUCCCUGGCUGUAGUGGUUCCUUUGCUCCUCACCACACUCGUCUGUUACUGCACACUGCGAAGAAAACAAGCACUAGCAGCCAGGGUCAUCUACGAGGUUCCCCACGUAGACUCCGACGUGGCAGAGAUGGACAAACACAGCACAAACUCCUCCAGAGGCUCGUCUCAAUGGUGUCAAGUGCCUCUGUAUGAAUCCUUCUACUUCGAGCAUGUGGAUCCCAAAGAAAGUAAAUGAGUGUUGGUUCUGGAGUUUUUUCGUGUACUUUCUGUCCUGUAUAUAGCAUAUUUUCAUUUGACAUUUUUGCAUGAUUGCAAAAAAAAAAAAACCCAUAUAUGGUUGUAAAUAUGUAUGUAUUUUUCUAUAAACUACAUCUUAAUUAAAAUUAAUUUCAGUAAUGGAGAAAGUGAUGGGGCGUUAGUCUCAUAAAGCCUGAAUCACAACAUAAUAAUAUGUUCAUGUGUUCAUUGAGCCUUCUGACAAAUAAAAAAAUAAAAUAAAUUUUGAA